AUGGCUAGGGAACAGGACCAACUUCGCUGGUCGUCGCAGUUUACCGUGACUCCUCCCCAAUACACACAGAAACUCUCUGGAGAUAGGAUCAUUCUUCCGCAAUCUGCUCUCGAACAGCUUCUCGCCGCCGCUCCGCUUCAAGAGAUAUCGUCACAGCGACCUCUGCGUCCAUACACCAGCUCCUUUGGCCUCUUUAGUCCCCGUACGGUUGCGGCUGAGUCUCACACACGCGAGCACGGUGUCCACCGACAGCAGCAAUUACCUCAUCCACUGACAUUCCGGCUCGUCAACACCCAAAAUUCUCGUGUGAUAUACGCUGGGAUCCGCGAGUUCUCCGCGAGAGAGAACGAGAUCGGUCUUAGUGCUUCAUUACGGGAAGCCCUUGACAUUUCCCAAGAAGGUGGGGACGCCGACGCCCCCAUAGUAACCGUUCACGCCGAGCAACUGCCUAAGGGUACUUAUGUCCGAUUGCGCCCGCUAGAGGCUGGUUACGACACCGAUGAUUGGAAAGCUCUGUUAGAGCGUCAUCUACGCAGCAAUUACACCACAUUGACGACCGGGGAAACACUCACAGUGCCCCGGGGUCAGGAAGAAUCCUUCAAAUUUCUGGUCGACAAGGUAGAGCCUCAGGGGGAGGGUAUAUGUGUCGUGGAUACUGAUCUGGAGGUGGAUAUUGUUGCCUUGACUGAAGAGCAGGCCCGCGAAACACUACAUAAACGGCUGGCGAGAGCUUCCCGCGCGUCUAAAACCGAUGGAGGCACAUCUGCUGGCGGAGUACUUGAGCUGGGUGCCGAAGUGACUGGCCAGGUGCUUCCGGGUCAGUAUGUGGACUAUGAACUUCGAAAAUGGGAGGCUGGAAGCACCAUAGAAAUUAACCUUGUAGGGGAGGACGAUGCGGAUGUUACGUUGCUCGCGAGUCCUCUUUCUGCUCGUCAGAGGAAUCGACCGCGGAUGGACGAGCAUGUCUUUGGUGAGCUCUCAAGCCAGACACAGAAGCAGAUUAGCAUUGCGCCAACGAACGCUGAAUUGGAUAAUGCCGAGGCGUUGUAUAUUUCAGUCCACGCGUUUGCUACAGCUGAUGAACAACAGGCUUCCGCUAAAUCUUAUCAACUGCGCCUGGUAUCUGCAACUUCAACUGUCGACCACGGAAGCUCCGAGUCAGAUGCGCAUGACGCCGAUGAUGUCCUAUGCAAGAACUGUCAGCGCUGGGUUUCUUCAAGAACGUUUGUCCUGCACGAGAAUUUUUGCUUUCGGAACAAUGUAUUAUGCACCCAUUGCCACGAAGUUUUCCAGAAACGGUCUCCCGAAUGGCAGAAUCACUGGCACUGUCCUUAUGACGCUUCAUUCGGGCAUGACCUGGCGAGUCAGCAUAAACAUGACUUGAUCUUUCAUACAAGGCGAUCAUGCCGCGCUUGUGGGUUUGAAGCGGAAGGACUUCAGCACCUUGCUCAACAUCGAACAACUGUCUGCCCAGCGAAGCCCAUACUUUGCUCAUUCUGUCACCUGGAGGUGCCCCAGCAAGGCGAGUCUGAUCCAGAUAUGCACGAUCCGGAAGUGCUGGUCUCCGGUCUUACACCGCAUGAACUUGUAGAUGGCGGACGAACAAACGAAUGCCAUCUUUGCAACAAGAUUGUUCGGCUGCGCGAUAUGAAGACACACCUCCGCCACCACGAUCUCGACCGCCUCUCCCGGCCCGCGCCUCAAAUCUGCCUGAACCAAAACUGCGGACGUACACUCGAUGGGCGCGGAGUGCAAAGCACAAUUAAGCCAGGCAACGACACGAUAGGUCUCUGCAGCAUAUGCUUCGGGCCCUUAUAUGUAGACACCUACGAUCCAGAGGGGAAAGUGCUCCAUCGACGCAUAGAGCGCCGUUAUCUCUCUCAGCUAAUGAAGGGGUGCGGUAAAUCAUGGUGCCAGAACGAGUACUGCAAAACUGGGAAACAAAAUUGUCACCAGCUCUCUGACUCGGCCGCAUCGAUGAGCGCUGCCGCUAUUUUGAGUCUCGUGCGACCUCUGAUUAACGCCGUAGAUCUUCAGGGCAAGGGGCCACACAUCGCACCGUUUUACUUCUGCACUGAUCAGGCAGGUCAGCAACGGCGCAAUAUUGCCGAAAUGCUUGCCGCCGAAAAUCAUGGGACGGCUGGCGAGAAAAUUUACGAUCUGGCUUGGUGCGUUGCUGCGGUUGAAGCCGCGGGGAGUGACCUUGGUAAAGCGCGAGAGUGGCUGGAGAAUUGGGCCCCUGCUCGGGGAGAGCGCUUGUCUUAUAAUUAA